AUGAGCCGCAGCUCCAGUCUAGGUGAUGACGAAAAGUAUGAAAUCGUCGACAAUCCCAAGUCAACUCCAGAACAGUCGUCUCCCACUUCGGGCAAGACAACUCAUGCACCGCCACAACCGGAAAGAGCCCCAGCAACACCGUCAGCUCCAGCUCCUCCCACAGCUUCGCCUGCCAAUCCGCAAACUCAAUUCGAUCUCAAUUUUGAACGUGGAAAUGAAGUCCUGGAGACUAUGAUAAACAUCGAUGAUCGUGAUGGAUAUAAGAUAAACGAGCCACUAAAGCUUUCAUUUGCCGAAAUAUAUGCUGAACCUGGUGCCGACUAUCACAGCAUAGCCUGUGUAUGGACUAACAGCUUUCGAGCUUUCGAAUUAACACGUAUUUACACUUAUAAAAUACUGACUUUAAUCCUCGGUAUCCCUAUUGCUUUCAUCUUUGGCUUGAUUUUUGCUUUUGUAACGUUCAUGGCCAUAUGGAUUGGAAGGCCCCUUAUGCGCUUAACCCGCAUGGGUCUUGCUCUUGUCUUCCAACUUACUGCCAUGAUAGCUAUUUACGCUGUGCGACCAUUUUUUUAUGCAGCUGGUGCAUGUUUCAGUACUGCUCGUCUGCAUAUAUCGAAAGGAGAACCCAUCAAAGAGCCAUGGUAUCCCGAACAAAGUCCUUAA